AUUUUUUGUAUUUUUUUAAAGUUUUUUUUAGUUUCUAUCAUGGAAAGUAUCCCUGAGCUGCUAGGUGUGGACUGGCAAUUUCUUGUGACAACAGGAAGCAGCGUAGGUCGUGUGGGGAACCGACCAUUGGUUCAUUUGAAACUGGUACUGGGAAAAGAAGACUCUGAGGAAUCCAGGAAAUAUGUCCAUCUUGAGCUCACUGUGCCAGAGUUCUACAAGCUCUUUGCAGAGUUCCAGAAGAUGAAGUCAACCAUGGAUCGGAAGAAAGAGGACAUGAGGUCUCCUCUGACACUUACAAAAACUUGCCAGAGACUUAGGUUCUCUCAUGUUCGGUGUCCUUUUAUCUCUGGACAUAUUCAAAGGCUGAAUCAUAGUGCUUCUCUACCCCUUGAAUUAAGGGAUCUUCCACCUGAACAGCAUUUGAAAUUCUCUGAGGCCAUCUGCAAAGCUUUCUCCAUCAAAGAUUUCCUCAACUACAUGAGAAUCUUCCCCCAUUUCCUCAGUGAAGAAGAAGAGAGCUCCCUCAUGUCUGAGAUUGAGCCUUACAUGAAGAGACUGCGAUACGAAUUUGAUCACUGGGAUGAUGCGAUUCAUGGCUUCAGAGAGACUGAGCGAAAACAGUGGAAAUCUGAGAAUGUUAAGAUCUUGGAAAAGGUGAAGAAAUUGGCUUUUCCACCUUCUGUAUCCCCUCUUCAGUAUACCCACAUUCUUGACCUUGCACCUGAGGGAUAUAUCAAGCCUCACGUGGACAGCAUUCGGUUUUGCGGAGAUACAAUAGCAGGGCUGAGCCUAUUGUCAUCCAGCGUGAUGCGCCUAGUUCGUGAAAAGAACGAGUCCGAAUCGGUUGAUGUAUUUCUCCCCAGGAGAUCCCUCUACAUCAUGACUGGUCCAGCCAGAUACGAGUUCACACAUGAGAUAUUGAAACACGAGAAAUCAGCGUUCGGAGGAGAGCCAGUUCCGAGGGCAAGACGAGUCUCGGUCAUCUGUCGGAACGAACCCACCUCUCCCCAGACA